GUUAGUCAGAGUAACAUAAUUAUUCCCCUUAGAUAACAGUCCGCCAUUUGCAGUCAGUCAUAGAUUAAAUAGAACGAUCGCAUAUGAUUUCUCUCUUUCCGGUUAAUAAAGUUGGCACACUGAUCUUUAAAAAUGGCAACAAGAUGGGCUUGUCUUGGACCUGGAAAAAUAUCGUCAGACUUCUUUAAUGCUAUACAAGAAAAUCUUCCAUCUUCUGAACAUGAGUUUAUUGCAGUUGCAUCGAGGGAUCAGUCAAAGUCACAGCAGUUUGCUGAUAAGUACAAGUUUAAGAGGGCAUAUUCAUCAUAUGAUGAUGUGGCAAAAGACAAAGAUGUUGAGAUUGUUUAUAUUGGUACAAUACAUAUAACACAUGCAGAGUUGUCUAUGAAAAUGUUGGAAGCAGGAAAACAUGUCUUAUGUGAGAAACCCAUGGCCAUGAACUACAAACAGGCAAAAAAAGUUAUAGACUUUGCGAAAUCCAGAAAACUUCUUUUUGUUGAGGGUAUCUGGAGUCGUUUUUUCCCGGUGUAUGAUGAAAUAAGACAGGCAGUAUCUGCUGGUACACUAGGUGACAUCAGACUGGUACAGGCUAACAUGUGUGUGCCAUUAUCUCAUGUUGAGAGAAUCUACGAGUUAAAACUAGGAGGAGGUGGCCUACUUGACAUUGGAGUCUAUGUCAUCCAGUUUGCAUGUAUGGUUUUUAAUGAAAUGCCUGAAAGUAUUACAACUGUAGGAAAUUUGAUGGAAGGAGGAGCUGAUGAGAAUGCAUGUAUAAUUUUGAAAUACAAAAAUGGAGCGAUUGCUAAUUUGGUGUAUCACACUUCUGUAGAGAACAGUAAUUCAAAUGUUAUCUGCGGUACAAAAGGUGUAAUAGAGGUAGAGCAGCCAUUGUGGUCACCAACAAGAAUAAGAAUGCCAUCUGGUGUCAAGGAAUUCCCGUUAAAAGAUGGAGAAUACAACUUUAAGAACAGUGCUGGAUUUCAAUAUGAAGCUGCUGCUGUACGGGAUUGUCUUCUUAAAGGUUUAACAGAGCAUCCAUUUGUGACACAUGGAGAUAGUGAAAUGAUCAGUCAGAUAUCAGACAAGAUUCGUGGACAGUUAGGUGUUGUGUAUCCAGAUUUUGACUAGGGAAAACAUCGACUUCAUAAACAGAAAAUAUAUGAUUGUUGUGCUACUUUAUGUUAAAGCACAGUAGGGGUUACUGGGAUAUAUAACCUAAAUAGGAUUUUGUAGUUAUGAUGUGUAUUCAAGAUAACCUUUUCAUUUGGUUUACAUUGUUCUUUAGACUUUCUGAAUAGACUUUCUGAAGAUAGCCUUUUAAUUUGGUUCACAUUCUUCUUUUCAGAGAAAUUUUAAUAAUUUACCGAUAUCUUGAAUUUUCAAAAAGAAUGUACAUCUAUUUUUAGUGAGUUUGAAAUUCAUUGGGUCAAUGUUACAUAAAUGUCUGCGUGCUUAGAUCAAUAGAGAGAGCAUCAGAUUAGUUUUAUGAUUUCCAAAAUGGCAUCAUGAAUUCUCGAUAACAUGAGAGUAAACUCAAAAUGGCAUUGGUUAACCUUUUUGUAAAGGUCCAUUUUCUCUGAAACUUUAAAAACUAUUCACUUCAAACUUGGUGUCAUUAAUGGACGCCAUUUCAAAAGGGCAGAUAAUGCUAAAAGUAUUUAAUGGAAAGUUUUGCCCUUUUUUUAGACUUUUAGACCUGGUAAACCUUUUGUUAAGGUUUAUUCUCUUAUAAACUAUUAAAGUUUUUCACUUCAAACUUAAUAUACAUAUUUACCAUCAAAAUAUGACACAUUUUCAGAAGGGCAGGUAAUUCUUAAAUUCAUUUAGCAAAGUUAUAGCCCUUGUUUUACUUAUUUAUUUUUUCUUCUUAGAUCAAUUUCUCAAAAAACUGUUAAAGAUAAUCAUUUCAGACUUUGAAUCCGUUUUACAUUUUUAAAUUGGAAUCCAUUUCUAAAGGGCAGGUUUCUUUUUUUUUUCUCAGUUAUGCCCCUCUUUGACUUGAACUUGUCAGGUAUUUUUCUCAAAAAGAAUCAAAGAUAUUCACUUAAUACUUGUUCACUGCAUCUCUAUGGGGCAGAUAAUUUUUUUGCUAAAUAUAAGAAUAUUUGCCUUUUUCUAAAAAAUAUAUUCACUUCAAAAUUGUAAUAUUUGUUAACUAUCAAGGGCAGGUAAGUCUGCUUAGCACUUUGCGGAAAUAUGCCAUCUUUUAUAUGUUGAUUUUAUUGAACUAUCUAGCACUUGAGAAAAGUGUGUUGUCCUUGGACAUGUCUUGUUUAUAUUAUGCUUUAUGUUGAAACUAAAAUCUUUUGCAUACUUAUUUAUUCAUGACAUCUUUCCAUUUCCAUGUCAGUGACAUAUUUAUACAAUGAUUUCUUUUAAUUUUUAGUGCUGUUUAAAUUGUUAACUAUUACUAUCCACCAGGGUCUUUCAAAUAGAGUAUUUGAAAACCCUGUUGCCAUAUAAUUGCCAUAGAUACUUUUUAUGUUUUUGCCUUUAUGACUUAGCAUUAAUAAAAUAUUUAAAAAUA